CCUCUUCCCCUCUUCACCUCUCUCUCAAAUCGCAAUAGAAAUGGAAAGUAACGCACCAGUACUAGCAGAGAAAGUGUGGAGCAUGGUACGUGUGCUGUUGUUCAUGCUUCGAAAAGGCAUAUCAAAGGGGAAGCUAAUGAUGGAUCUCAACAUGAUGCUCAAACGCCGCGGCAAGCUCGCCGGCAAAGCCAUUGCCAAUCUAAUGUCCCACAACCACAACCACCGUGGGUCCCACAAGUCGCAACUUCGGUUCUCUGCUCCAAGGGAGUACGAGUUCAGCUGCAGCAACACUCCCCACAACUUGUUGUUCCCCACAGCAGGGAAGCGCCACCGCCACUUCUUCGCCUGCGUCCACGCGCCUCCCACGCAGGACGACGACGUCGUGACGGUGAACGCAAUGAAGGCAGUGUUGGAGAUGCUCAACAACAACGACGUCGUUAAGGUUGAGGCGUCCCCUGCGCUGCCAGGGUUUGGACGGAGCCCUAUUGUGAGGCAGCUUAGGGUUACGGACUCCCCAUUCCCUCUGCGAGACUCCGACCAUGACAACGACCACCAGGUCGAUAAGGCGGCGGAAGAGUUCAUAAAGAGGUUUUACAAGGACUUGAAGAAGCAGGAUUAAUUAUUUAUUUAAUUAAUUAAGCCUAUGCCUAUCUACCUUGUUUAAUUGUCCAUCUCUACGUUCCAUAUUCUCCCUUUGUUAAUAACAAGUGUGAUUAUAUUGUUGAUUUACCAACGUUAGUUCACCAUCAUUUUUGGAUAUUUCCAUGUUUUUGUUGUUGUCCCACUUCUGAUUUAAGAUGGGAUUAUGCAUGUGUUGUGUUUAAUUAUUUCUUACAUACAAUAAAAGAGGAAAGUACAGAGUAUAUGUUUA